GGGACCUUUUUCAGGUGGUUUUAAAGCGAUGGAUGUUUAGAAUCCAGUGAGAAUCUUUCCCGCGCAUCGGUACGGUUCGGUUUAGCUGCUGCUGCCUCGGUCAAGCACAACGUCGAGAUUUUUUUGUUUGUUCAAGUUCAACGUUGAUUGGUGGACUACAGUGUUUAUUUCGGAAACUAUCACGGAAGUCGUGUAUGCCAAUUGUGAUUGCAGAUUGCGAAUAUACGGUAGUGAAACUAAGUGGAAUAAUGGCACAAACAAGUAGAGUGCUGGAAAAUGCUGUUUUUCGGCAUAAAGUGUCAGUUUUCCUGCUAAUGGCAAUCGUCGGAGUGGCAAUGGCUUGUAACGGCGGCUACCGAAUCAAGGUCCGAAAGGUUCAAAACUGCGCCGGCACCGAUGCCGUGAUCGUAGCGCAGGAAAACUACACCGCCGUGCUGACGAAAAACUGCGAAAUCAAGUCCCGCGGGUGCGUGACGUACAAAACCUUCAAAUCCGGCAUCGCCCGCUACAAGGUCAAGAAGGACGGCGUCCAGGUGCUGCAAGGACGAAUGGAUCUGUGUGAUCAAAUCGCCACCGGGAAUCGUGAUCCGGUAAUUGGGCCGAUAUUGCGAACACUCAAUCUUCCCGACAAGUGCCCCGUCGAAGCUGGAACUUUAUGCACCGAUCCUUCCCAGGUAGUGAACAUCGAACAGUACAAGCAGUUUCUGCCUCUGGCGCGUGGAACGAUCGACGUAGAGUCUGAAAUUCAACACGACACGGGCAAAAGUUGCUUCCGACUGCAGAUUGAUAUCACUAAGUGAUCGGACGAGUUAUGGCGGGGCGAGGAUUACAUUACGGAUUUAAUCUACCUACUAUCCGGUAUUUGCAGCAAAUCAUUAGCAACGAUGUGUGGUUGAGUUAUUAGAAAUAUAAUAAAUACAAACUGUUACCUCAUUGCAAAGAUGGCUGAUUCUAGGGAAUUCACCCUUUUAAUACAUUCAAAUUUAUUGCAGCAGGAAAGUUCCAUCUCAGUGGUGAUGACAAACGAAAUGCGAAAGAAGAUUCCAUGUUGGGUAAAUUCAGUGGGUCUCAACAGCCUGUGGAAAAACGUGCUUCCGUUUACAUCACGCAACAUUUCCAAUUUUCAGGGGAAUAACCUGAUGCUGAUUUAGACAUUCAUGUUUUAGAUAGCUAUCAAAUUAUUAACAUGCUUGUUCUACCUAUUUUGAAAUCGACAGUCAUAGAAAAUUCUAAGACGUGAAUCACCUCAACCUCCGUUACAACUGAUGGCAAAAGGUUAUGCUGGUAUGAUAACGGAACAAUGGUGGGAAAAAUAAGUAAGACAUUUUCCCGAAGCUCAUCGUCUGGGAAAUGAACGCGGUGACCCGUCAUCGUGUAACUCGACGAAGAUUUACUUAUGUCGCUACACAUCAGUGUGGGGUUGGUUUACCACAAAUGUGUACGGAUUAUUGAUGUGCAAACCCGCAUAUUAGUAUCCGAUUAUCAGCUGCUGUGGUGGAGUACAAUGUUGUUAAACGUCUGCUGUCAACAAGUUCAGCUGCUGUUGUGCAAUAGUUACGACGAAUGAUAUAACGAUGGAUGAACUUUGAUGACAGCAAGCUCUAGAACAACCAAACAUUAACGGACAAAAUAUCGCGAGUUGCUUCAACCUACUCGGAGUCGCUUGCAUUUGGCUGAAUGAACACCAAUUCAAGCAACUCGGAGUAGCGCACGGAUCGGUUGAAAGAACGCCAAAAACGAGUUCGUAAUGUUCCUUCAUGUCGACCGAGCUGUCAAAACUUCAAAUAUAUCCUUACUGGCAACCAUAUCCUCGACCAUAACAAAAUGCUGAAAAUGACAGAUUCCGGAGUGAUUUGAGAUUUGGGCGAAAUUGAAUUUGUAAACAAACAUGUCAAUCUCCGAUUUAUCGUGAAUAAAAGCGCAAUCUCGAAAACUAAUAACACUAUCACGUAGAAGAAUGAUUUCUCUAUCAUUUGGUAUAGUUUGUUUACGAGAUUGAGCUGUAAUUAGAUUCAGCCAUUCAGCCAUCACAUCUUCUCCGUUACGGGGAAAGCAAGGACAUUGUUGGUGUACCAUAUACUUAACGAGAGGCCAGCGACUCACCGACGCCCCCAUAUAUGCUACGGAGUUGGGUCAAGAUUCGCUUAAGCAGGCGAUGCGACCUUAGGAAUUGUUUUAUUUUGGAGGAGCUUGGGAGUAAACCCACGAUCUUCUACUCAGUAAACCAAAGCUGCAGUCGCCAAGCUAGCCGAGCUCCUCUAUUUAAACCCUGAG